GUAGCAGAGCCAGACCUGCUGAAAGCCUGUGCUGGGGCUGACAUCCUCCUCUUUGUAGUGCCCCACCAGUUUAUUGGCAACGUGUGUGAUCAGCUCAAGGGCCAUGUGAAGAAAGAUGCUGUUGGGAUGUCACUCAUCAAGGGGGUGGAUGAAGGACCAGAUGGGCUGAGGCUGAUCUCAGACAUCAUCCGUGAGAAACUGGGAAUAGAGAUGAGCGUCCUCAUGGGGGCCAAUAUUGCAAAUGAAGUGGCAGAAGAGAAGUUCUGUGAAACAACCAUCGGCUGCAAGAACCUGCAGCACGGGCAGAUGCUGAAGGAGCUGAUGCAGACACCGAAUUUCCGGGUGACAGUGGUGCAGGAAGCUGACACUGUGGAGAUCUGUGGGGCUCUCAAGAACGUUGUGGCUGUAGGAGCAGGGUUCUGCGAUGGGCUCGGCUACGGAGACAACACGAAGGCUGCCGUGAUCCGUCUGGGACUUAUGGAGAUGAUUGGCUUUGCCAAACUCUUCUGUAAGGGCCCUGUCACCUCCUCCACGUUCCUGCAGAGCUGUGGGGUCGCUGAUCUCAUCACUACCUGCUAUGGUGGCCGCAAUCGAAAGGUGGCUGAGGCUUUUGCCAAGACUGGGAAGUCUCUGGAGCAGCUGGAGAAGGAGAUGUUGAAUGGGCAGAAGCUGCAGGGUCCCCAGACGUCUGCCGAGCUCCAUCGCAUCCUGAAAAGCAAGAACGCAGUGGAGAAGUUCCCCCUCUUCACAGCUGUGUAUCAGAUCUGCUACCAGGGCAAACCUGUUACUGAUGUCAUCAAGUGCCUCCAGAACCACCCUGAGCACAUGUAA